CUGAAGACCUUUAUAUUCAGAUGUUUGACUCGCGGUACAGGACUCAAAAAGAACGGAAAGCAGCCAAGCCGACGCUGCAAAGUAAAUGUUUUCGUAGUAGUGCUAGUUUGUUUGAUACUCAGUGUACUAUCCACGGUUGAACAGCAUAGUCGAUUUGCAGGAGAACUGCUUUUCACAAUGGAAAUUUUUCUGGUUAUAUUCUUUGCUAUCGAAUAUUGUGUCCGGCUAUGGGCAGCCGGAUGUAGGUCGAAGUAUCUCGGUUUUUGGGGUCGCCUGAAGUUCGCAAAAAAACCGAUCUCUUUUAUUGGUAAGAAUUCAAAACAUCAACCUCCUGGACUGCGUCCAAAACAUCAAAUGACCGUACCCAUUUCAACUAUAUCCAUUAUAUCCUUUCCGCUCUUCGGUCUUGUGAAACUUCUGACAGUGUAACC